GGCUGACCCGGCGGCGGCGGCGGCGGCGGCGGCGGGGCGGGGGCGGCCUGGGACGCGGCGGGGCGGGGGCGGCCUGGGACGCGGCGGGAGCAUGGAGCCGCGCGCCGGCUGCCGGCUGCCCGUGCGGGUGGAGCAGGUCGUCAACGGCGCGCUGGUGGUCACCGUGAGCUGCGGCGAGCGCAGCUUCGCCGGGAUCCUGCUGGACUGCACGAAAAAGUCCGGCCUCUUUGGCCUGCCCCCGUCGGCUCCACUGUCCCAGGUCGAUGAUGCCCCCGCCAACAACAGCCGUGGCCAGGCCCCCGAGGAGGGGGAAGCCGAGGUGAUGCAGCUGGGGCCCGGCUCCCCGCCUCCUCCCCAAGGGGUCCAGUCCCCCGAGAGAGCCGGCCCUGAGCUACCCCCGCCCCUCGUGCCGCCGCUGCCCGCCGGAAGCCUGCCCCCAUACCCGCCGUACUUCGAAGGCGCCCCGUUCCCUCACCCGCUGUGGCUCCGGAACACGUACAAGCAGUGGGUGCCCCAGCCACCGCCCAGGACCAUCAAGCGCACCCGGCGGCGCCUGUCCCGCAACCGCGACCCGGGGCGCCUCAUCCUGAGCACUAUCCGCCUGCGGCCACGUCAGGUGCUAUGUGAGAAGUGCAAGAGCACGCUGAGCCCCCCGGAGGCCAGCCCCGGACCCCCGGCUGCACCCAGGACCCGCAGGAGGCUGAGCAGUGGCCCAGACAGAGAGCUCCGCAAGCUGGAGGAGCCGGAGAACAGUGACCCUGUGGCUGCAGCCACUGCCAGGAGGAGCAAGAGGGAGAGGCGGGAGGAGGACAGGGCCCCUGCUGAGCAGGUGCCACGCAGCCCGGUCAUUAAGAUCUCCUACAGCACACCCCAGGGCAAGGGCGAGGUGGUCAAGAUCCCCUCCCGUGUGCACGGCUCUCUGGAGCCCUUCUGCCCCCAGCAGGCCCCAGAGGAUGAGGGCAACCAGGACCCUGAGGUGCCAGACAGAGAGCCCCGGGACCGGGUUCCCGGCGCACCCUCGGCCUCCAUCCCCAAGCUGAAACUGACGCGGCCUGUACUGCCCAGCACGGACCUGCCGCCCCCGAAGAUCCGCCUGAAGCCCCACCGCCUGGGGGACAGUGAGCACGAGCCCGUGUACCGUGCUGAGCUGGUGGAGGAGCUGAAUGGGUGCCCACGGGCCAGCUCGCCCAUGCCCGGUGCGGACGGCCCUGCCGCUGGGCUGGCGGACUUGUCUUCCGGAAGUUCGGGUGAGGACGAUGACCUCAAGAGCUGUCCCCAAGGUCCACAGGGACGCGGUGGCUUGGCUUUUCUUGUCAGCUGCCCGGAGGGGAGAGCAGACUGUGCCAGCGAGUUGGCUUGCAGCAGCGACAGCCUGGACGAGGCCAGAUCGUCCGGCUCGGAAGGGACGCCGGCCGACGCGGGCGACCUGUCGCCCAGCCACAGCACGUCGGCACCCUCCUCGUCCAGAGAGGUUCACCCAACGGUGCCGCCCCUGACGGUCCGGCUGCACACACAGAGUGUGUCCGAGUGCAUCACAGAGGACGGCAGGACUGUGGCCGUGGGGGACAUCGUGUGGGGUAAGAUCCACGGUUUCCCUUGGUGGCCGGCGCGUGUUCUCGGCAUCAGCCUUGGCCAGAAGGAGGAUGGCGAGCCCUCUUGGCGCGAAGCGAAGGUCUCGUGGUUUGGUUCUCCCACGACGUCGUUCUUGUCUAUUUCAAAACUCUCCCCUUUCUCUGAAUUUUUCAAACUGAGAUUUAACCGUAAGAAGAAGGGGAUGUACCGGAAAGCUAUAACAGAGGCUGCCAAUGCCGCGAGACACGUGGCCCCGGAAAUCAGGGAGCUCUUAACCCAGUUUGAAACGUAACUGGCUCCCUGACCAGGAACUGCUGAGAAGGAAGGGAAGAGGGCCUUGAAGCAGAGCGUCCAGCGAGAAACCUGGCCUGGACUGGGAUCUAGGAAGGCAUCCUGGAGGAGGUGGCAGGAGCCAGGAUCUUGAUGGUCAGCGACGACGAGGGCGCACCUGCUGUCCGGGAGCUUCCGGCCUCCCUCCAGGGACUCCUCCAGCCUUCUGGCCGGCUGCGUGCAGAGCCCGCUGGGCGUGGUGGUCGGCCUGACGUGAGGCCCCCGGGACCAGUGGUGUGUCCAGGGAGGGGAUGGCCCUGAGCCCAGCGGCUCCUCCCGCUGAGUCUAUUUCUUCCCGCCACUCAGCCUGUGGCUGCCCCGGAACUCGUGACUUGCUGGCUGCUGCUGCUGCCUGGUAGGCUGGGGUCCCGUGGAGGAAGUGGGCCUGCCGCUCCAGGCUUGCCUGCUGCCUUGCGCACUGAGGACCAGGACCCGUGGGGGAGCCAGGCCUGGCACCCCAGCCUCACCCAGCUGCUGGUGUGGGCGGCUGUGCCCCACCUCAUUGUUCCAGACACAGCCGUCUUGCAGGCUCAGCUUGGUCUCCUUCGGGCUUCGGAAAAUCCCAAUUGCACGUGUGGGGUUCUUCCCCAGCCCUUGGGUGCGGGGUCUCUGUGCACACCCGCCGUCUCCCGCUCCGAGUUCAUCCCAGAUGGUGGGGCCCCCUGGGCACCCAGCACCAGGCCUGCAAGGCCACCUGUCCCCCAGAUGCUGCUACGAGUGACCAGUACUGUGUGGAGGAGGCGAAGGGCCACCCCGGGAAACCAGGCUUCAACAGUGAAAGAAGAAACUUGCUCUGUUCUGUAAGAGCGCGUUCCUUUUCCUCCUUUCUGUCACUUUAAAGACCAAAAAGAAUAAAGAAAGAAAAGAAAAAAAUU